AUGAUGAGUUUGGUUUCUGUAACAAGCAGGCCCUUUCCUUCCCAUGAUGAUAAGGGGGUUCCACCAGGAAUGGACCAGAGUGCCCAGUCUCUGCAAACUAGCCUGAGCUCAAAAGAGGGUAGAAAAAAUGUGGCAGAAAUGAGUGAAAAGGCCUCAUGCAAAGGGGUGAGCAGAAUAGGAUCAAGUCCACCAAGCUGUGACAACAAGUGUUAUGGAUGCAGUCCAUGUGAAGCCACUCAAGUGCCCACCACCACCAGCCGUGUGGGUGUCCAGUAUGCAAAUUAUGAACCUGAGGGUUGGAAAUGCAAGUGUGGCCCUACUCUCUAUAGUCCAUAA